AUGGGAACCUGGCAUCAGCUAGUUGACCCCAUUGCUGAGACCAUGGAACGCAUCAAGGCCGAGUACUGCGGGGGAAACCAGAACUUCGUGGUCGGCGUAAAUGAUCAUCACGGCUUGGCAGUCGCACGGUCGAGUAUGCCCUAUGACCCAACCCGAGCUGAAGACGAGAUCGCUACUGCGGUGUAUGACUACGCCUUCAAGUCGAACGAGAGCAACCUUAUCUUAUUCCACACCUCACCUCGCAGCUUUGAGAAGACGCGAGUGGAAACCAUGGCUACGGCCACCACUUCCACCUUGCAGUGCGCCAAUUUCGACGGGUGGUUCCUUCGCGGGGAAAACGAACCGAUCCCCGACACCUACGGACCCUACUAUUGGUCCGCGGCUCUGUCCGUUGGUAUGCCUCCAAACAGCACAUGUGAGGACAUGGCAAGUCAUUGCACAGAUGUCGAUGCCCAGCUCCUUCGCAUGGUCUGCGGUGUGACUUGCGGCUGCGUCGAGCCACAGGCCAAUCCGCUGUACAAAGUGCGGGCACAAGGAUGCUUGAAGACAUGUCUCAACGAGCAGCCGAUCUGGGUCGUUGAUGAACCCUGCGAAGACGUAAGCGCAGACUUUGAAGCUUGGCAAUCUUUCUGGGACAUAUACCCUUCAGCCAUGGCAGCUCUUUUCGGCGCCACGCCCGAACAGAUCUUCAACCUCGGAGAGGUGGCACAAAGCAUGAAGGAAGCGGGCUGCAACUAUUUGGCUGAGGUCACUCAUGAGGUCCUCACUGAUGUGCGAUACUGUGAUGGACAUCUUCUACUUUUCUCUCCACUGAGCCUUCUUUGCCCCCGAACUUGCUGCACUGGCAGCAGCAUUUUCUGCCCGUCGAGCUGCGGCGCUUAA